AUGCACGUCGACUAUGGCGCAUUCCGUAAAGUGCAGAAGAAAAUCGAAGUGCUUGUGCAUUAUGAUUACAUGGAUGUCGAGUACAUGUGUUUGAAAUGCGUCGAGGCGGGUUUGUAUUCGGAGCGACGCGCAGCUAGACGGCACAGCACAGGAGAGGCGACAAGAUUUGCUACAUGCACCUUUUGCUGGCAUGUGUAUUUAUUUUUAUUCCUGGAUAACGUCAUGUACGAUUUGCAUGUGGGAUGCGAGAUCAGAGCCAAAGAAGGGUGAGCGACAUGUCAGACU